AGAUUUAAAAGACUCGUGGAUUAGGGAGAAGAAAGAAUCAGGGCACGGGUGCAGCAGCGCGUCUCUUGUGUCUCCGCAGUCACAGAAUGAUGCCUCUCGGGGGUGUUCUACCGUACUUUAGACACGCAGCAGGUUGUUGCUGUUGCUGCUGUCGUUGUUGUUCAGUUGUGUUGAUGAUAGCGAGACAGCACGACGACGACCACCGCUAUAUUGUUUCGUUUUACUUUAAGUAAGAGUUUUACAGCAUUUGCAACAGAGACAGGUCAUGAAAGUGCCCAAUAUUAGGGGUGUUACUAGAGAGUAACGUGCAAAGAUAAGAAGGAGGAGAGAUAAUGACGAUACAUGUUUGAUAGGCAAGAAGGAGCAAAUCACACGAGAGCGCCAACCAACCUCCAUGGCCAUAUUUCGUUCGGCACAGACGUGGACAAUAGUAACAACAAAACGGAAGUAAGUAGUAAGAGCUGACUAUACCAGAGAGCCUAUCAAUAACUCGGAGCGGAAGAGCAGCAGUUCUUUUCAAACGAUUACUCACUCGGUGGUAGUUUAAGCCGUUCAGUUAAGUGCUAAUUUGCCGGGACACAGAGUAACAACGGGCACAUAUCGCCAGGAAUAUACUGCAACGGUAAAUUUAAUAUGUAACACAGUAGAUGAAGCAGACCACGUUGAUCUGAAUACCCACCAAUCGCUCGCGUUAAAACGAAAAGGCAGCGAACAGACGAGAGAAGAAUAAUGUAGUCCAAUUCAGCGUUUGUUGUGUCGUUCAGUUGCAGAUCACAGGGAACUUCAUGAUAUUUAAUGACCACAACGGUUCAGUGGCACAGGAUUAGCGUGCGCGUUGUUUGUUUGACUUUGGAGGGAAAAGAAAAGCACGUCGACACGAUAACGCUAAUUAAACGUAGGGAGAGACGCAAGACGGACAGCCAGAAAUAGGUCUAAUGAAAUAACGGAGGGAAGGAAAUAAAGUAGGAUCUACCGGUGGUGCUCGCAAAUCUAGAUUGGUACAUCCGAAAGAUAGGAAAGAAGUGGAAGGAUCAGCCCAUUUCACAGCACGUACGAACCAUCAACAACUCACAGUAGGUACAUCGCCCGGAGGUGACGGGGUCAAAAGGCACAUGUGUCUUCAUGGAAGGAUAAGCAGCAGACUAGAACAUCUUAUUCUACCUUGGCGUCAUUGGCCAUUGCCUAGUUCACGAGCUUGACCGGUACAAUAAUCUACAGGACUGAGACCACCGGCGUCUGUGUUGUAGUAGCAGUCAGACGCUUCAGCUGUCUCACGCAGAAGACCUGAGUUCGAUAGCGGUGUGAAGAGAAUCUUUACCGAGUUUCUCGGUUUUUCUGCUUGGACGUUGUAUCGCUUUCAGGCAGGGUCGGAGUCCGCCUCCUAAAUUAUCUUAAGUGCGUGCAUGGGAGCCUAAAAGCACCUACAUUGAAAGAAAAAAAAAGGAAUGAGAUCACCAUGAAAACGGUCACUAAUAACUGCUAUGAACAAACCGAUUUUUAAGCUUGACGGUCAAUAGUCCUUCGAAACAUGCACGACCCCCCCCUAAAUCAAGAAAAAGUUAGAUAAGAAUAUAGAUUUUUCUUUCUACUUCGUGAAACAACAUAUCAUUGAGAACAAAAAACUCACAAGUAAUCACAGCCAAUGCAACACAAUACAGUUUGAAUGAACAUUUCCUUGACGGCGUUUGGCCAUUGUGUGUGUGAGCGAACCGCUUUAAUUUAAGAGGGGGAGGAGAAUGCACAAUCAACAAACAGAACCUGAACGGAAGGCAAAUUUUCCACACAAUGACAACGAGACAGGUGUGAAGGAACAAACUGCCAAGGGGCACAAUAAUGAGUGCUGUUCACGCCUUUUCCCUCUUCGUUCCGCACUGAAACUGAAAGCAUUAGUCUCACAGAACGGAGAACGCAUGCUGCAUUCAGCAAUAGGGACGCCACCAACUUUUUUUUGACUCGUUCAUUUUCGAGCUUCAUUUUUCGAUUUUACCAUUGCAAGAUGAUGUACACAGGUUUCAAACAAAGGAAGACGACGAAGUGUUGAGUUUACGGCCAGUUCGCACGAUAUAACGCCCAUAUUUCGCCAGGAACAGAACAGGGCAAAAGUUACACCCAGAAGAAGAAGAAGAAGAAGAAGAAAAAGAAGAAGAAGAAGAAGAAGAAGACCACAUCAAAAGCGCCGUCCGCUAACCACAAGUGAGUUUCGGAACAUCACGUUACUGGAGUGCUGGGGCUUUUGGUUGGAAUAAAAGAAGAGCUCACUGACGCGAAUGUGGUCAUGUAGUAUCGGGAAGAAAAAAGUGACCGGGACAGACAAAUAACCGAGGAGAUAGAAAAGAAGUAGGACUCACCCACCAGAGGCGCUCUGUAACUCUCAUCACCCGGAGGCCGGAUAAAACAACGCGUGGGGACAAUGGACAGGAGUGAUCUAACCUUUGUGCCCGGUGACGAGGCCUCGCAGGAGGCUGUGGUGCCGGCUAUCGUCCAAGAAGGCAACUACUUCAUCAUGGACUCGGAGCAGCUCGUCUCCAACCCGUUCCAGGAGCUGCAGCAGGAGGCGGCCCAGGAGGCGCAGAAGAAGAACUCCAUGACCGAGCGGCUGACCAGCGUCAAGAACAACGUGUGCGAGAACCACUUCCAGAUGGAGAAGUCGCGCCUGGAGCGACAGAAGACGUCCAAGCUCAAAAACCUGCACGACCACUCCAACAAGCUCAGGCACGAGGUGAAGCUCCUGGACCUGGACCGUCAGCGCCACCAGGUGGAGGUGAAGAAGCGGCUGGAUCCGGAAAAAGACUUUACCUACGACGACGGUCAAAUCGUCAACAUAGAGAGGCGGCUUGGGGCUAACAUCGCCUCCUUCUACCUAGACAAGAAACUAAAGUACCCAAUGAGACUGCGGUCGGUGAGCGACAUCAGCGUGACGCCCACGGUGCGCAAGGCGCGGCAGAGUCUCCGCCUGCAGGACCUCAAGCGCUCCAUGGACGACGCCAACGUCGCCGGGCGUGCGGAGCGCGUGCAGACGGCCAAGUCCUCCUCCACCGCCCUCACCGCGCACAGCGGACUCGCGCGGCGACGCGGAUCACGCUCCGCACCGCUCUACGCCGCGCGCUCCGCCGCCGGGGUCCGGGCGCAGAGCGAGCGGGUGCACAACACCAUGCUACCCGCCAUAGCCGGGGCUGCACAGCCGGACAGCCACGAGGACGGAAAGCCCAAAACGGCGCCCCAGUCCCACCAGGUGAAGUUCGCCUUCGAGAACCCGCUCAAGAUCCUGGCGUCCAGCGAGGAGAGCGCCAACCUGUUCGCGCGCGGCCACACCUACUACCCGGGCCUGACGCGCGCCGUCAACACGGGCCUCACAGACUCCUCAGACGAAGACGACGACCCCUAUCCCUCGGAGGUCAUUGACCUGCGGGCGCUGCUCUUCAAGGACGGCGAAACCGCCAACGCCAUCCCCACCACCACCAACAGCAUCAACCUUAGUGGCUUCAACAUCGCCCAGAUUCACCCGGCCGGCAGCCACCACCACCACCAGCACAACGACGACCUCGCGUCGCUGAGUCACGGCAGCGGGCCGGCCCCGGGGCUAUCGCUGCACCACCUGGCGGCCUUGAGAAAGGCUCAGGGUCCGCCCCCGAAGCUGACAACAGACAUGAUGCAGGUGGAGAACGAGCAGAUCAGUGCCAAAAUCAACAAGUUCCUCGGGGACCUCGCCGUGCCCAGGCGGCUCCGACACGGAUACGACUCUAGUGACGAGGAGGAGGAUGACGCAAGGGCCAUACAGAGGCCUGGGGAUUUCUUCGCCAACGUUGCAGCAGGUGGAGGUGGUGGAAGUGGAGGAGGAGGAGGCGGCGGAGGAGUAAAAUUUUUCGCUUCUACAGGAGUCAGGACCGACGACAAUCCGCCAAAUCCUUUCCUUUCAUCCAACACCAAAUCUACUUCCACUUCGGAUCUCUUAGGGGUUAAUAAUCAUAACAACAAUGAAAAUAAAAACGUCUUCGCUAAGAACAACAGUAACAACAACACAAACAACGCCUCUACCACCACAGCCGAUCGCCCAACUGGGGUAGUAGCACGUAUAAAAACGACAUCCGGAGGAAGCGAAGGAGGAGAUGAGAGAGGGGACGAGGACGAAGCUGGAAGCAAAUCAGGCGAGAAGCCUCCGCACAAAAACAAGUACGGCUGGCAAUACAUCCGCGGGCGUCCGGCCGACGGUCAGUUACGGGGGACGUACAAGUCCGAGGACCUGGUGCUGCAGUCGCUGACCGGGGUCCCCAUACGGAACGCGCUGGGCACGCAUGUGCCUCUCAACUCGGCGUCCCGCGCCAUGCGCCACACGGCCACCUUCAAGAUGCACAAGAUCGUGGAGCGCCUCAUCCAGGAGCGCACCAAGUACGAGCGGCACCAGGUGGAGGAGCUCAAGCGGCAGAUGGCUACAGACGAGCCAGGCACCCCGCACACUGCCACGGGCCCCGGCCCCGGCCCCGGUCCCGGCCUGGGACCCAGCCCCUCCCCCGCUCACCCGUCCCGUCGCGUCUCUCGUGUGUCCAACCUGACAGUCACCAGCAGGUGAGAGACCACGGACGGCGAAAAACCCCCAGCUUUAGUGAAAUGUGCUGGGCGACAACAGUCAUCACACUCAAAAACAAAGUCUCGCCAGUGACCACACACUUCCCUACAAUCAAACAUACUACUCACUCCCCCCAAAAAACAAAAACAAAAACCGAUGUCUUUGAAAAUUCGAUGGAACCAUAUCUGUAUACGCUCCAGAUAAUAAAUGAAUAUUAACGAUAAUGCAUUGUCGUUAAUGAACUGAAACGACUGACUGCACUACACCCUCCCCCACCCGCCCCACCCUCCCGGUAAACAUAACCCCAGUCGAAAUCCAGCUUUCAAUAUUGCUGAUGGAAACAGGCACGAAGCCAGUACACAACUGCUUUGCAACAGAAGAGCUUCUGACUCGUUAAGAUUGAGAGAUCAGUGACUCUUACUACGUGGAUCUUUAUUCAGACUCUUCGUUAAAAGGCGUUAUCUAUUUUUUCUGGCACCCCCUCCCCUCACACACACACACACACACACACACACACACACACACACACACACACACACACACACACACACACACACACAACACAACAAGCUUCACAGACGUGCAACAUUACGACCCCAACCAAGUAUAUAAUUCGCUGAUGACGCCAUUUUAUUGCAGGACAAAUUAUUUCUACACUGACUAACGCCAAUGGAUUAUGCAGAUGACAUAAACAGACACUGGCAAGGCGGGGGUGCUUGGAAUACAAAUGACAUAAUGUCUGGGUGUGUUCAUUGCAAAAUUCAAGUGCUCUGAGCUAGCACAUGCGGAAAGACGGAGAGGCGAAGCUCACAUCCAGAGAUGUAGCUGUGUGAAAGGUCCUGAUUUUAAACUCUCGCAGUUGGAUUCGAGUGGGGAGAUUUUACGACCGGAUGGCUCGGUCUCGGAGAUUGUUAUCAAAAGAGGAAUCCUCGGGUCUCAAAUAAGUUCGCUAUGAUGAAAAAAAAAAGUUCCGCACCAUUCCGUGCAGAAACAAUAAGGACGGUCACCUCAUAUUUAUUAUUCAACACGGCUGACAAUGGAUGCGACGACCAAAUGGCGGUGUGAAUCGGAACAGCGCAAAAGACCCAAACAUGGGAAGAAAAUGCGCUGUAAAAGGCAUAGAGAAAACAAAGGAGACAGAUGUAAAAGUAAAAGGGAAAUAAUAAAGAAGUAGGAUAAGCAGUCAUAUCCACAGAAAAAAGGAAAAUUAUUCUAGCGAAUUUCGUUUUGCUCAUGGGUUAUUUUCAUUUAAAAAAAAAAGGAAAGUGGUUGUGGGGGAAGUUUGCUUGCUCGCUCGUUGGUUGAUUUGAGCUUGUUUUGAUUUUCAGUCAAGAAAGGAGAGCUGGGGUGGGGGGAGUGUUUGGGGGGGGGGGGGUGUUUGCAUGCAUUGAUGUUCGUAGCUUUCAUAUGGGCCAAAUACAUCUACCUGUAAGACCAUAUGUAAAAAUCUAAAUCUCAGUCUCAAAGAGAGAAGAAGGAGACAGAAACUGCCCCUGCUAUUGCAUCAUUACAUUUCCAACAGAAAAGCGUAAUAAAUGUUAUUCUCCACAAUUCUGGACUUUAACGUUUGCAAUCACAUUUACAACCAGUGUUCAUUCUCAGAUAACUUUGCUAAGAAACGUUGUUAACAUACAAUAGUUGCCCUCCUCUAUUUUCCUUCUAAAUUAUGUCUUCCCUCCUUUGUUUCCAAGUCUUAGUGUUGACAGUACAAAUAAGCGUAUGUCAUACCCAUGCAUAUCAAGUAAAGAUGUAAAGGUGCCUAUCCUGCUCUUCGAUGACGACUGAGCCAAAGCUAUCCUUGGAGGAGUAUUUUCACGAGUGGAAAUUGAGCUUUCAAACGCUAAAAAUGUUCUCAUUGGCGUACAAGAAGCCACAAGUCGUCUUUAUCAUUAUUUCUUCUGUUUCGUUUUUGUUAGUAAGAAAUAUUGUCCUCUGCAGAUGCAUUUCAUGCAAGUCCAUUGUCAACAUAGACGCAUGAACUACCAUUUUAUGUAUUAUUACCGUAAGUUAUUUUGUGCACACUAAACCAGCCAAGGAGGCGUUUUUGCUGAACAGGAUAUAUCUGUGAUAUAAACAUGCCAUGUACGAGAAUAUUAUUUUUGUAUUAAAAAGUACAUAUAACUUCAUAUGAACGAUCAA